AUGUUUGUCACUGGCUUGAAUAGGCUGAGGCUUGAAGAACGCACAAGAUCUAGUGGGUGCACACAUACUGCACUACAUUGUGCGGCAGUGUACCGUGAUCUCGUUCAUGGGACGCGUUUGCUGCCCUGGAACAGCGCGUCGCUGGCUGCCGCACGCCCUGUUCGAAGGCGUGCGCGCACGGGAAGCGUUGUGCGCAUGGCAACGCAAGCUCCCGGACGGUUGACGGUUGACCAAGCUGCAGGAAAGUUUCCUCGUCUUGUGGAGUUUUUGGAAGCAUGCAAGGAGUUAGGCGAAUUGCGUUUUAUCGCGACGAACGCGGCGGUUGUGCUUGAGUCGACCGCAACCCUCGAGAAACUCUUCUACGCUGAGGUGCCACGCCGAGGCCUCUACGCCAACGUCGUCGACUUAUCGAUCAACAUGGAUCUACACAUUCUUCUCAGCGGCGUUCGUGCGGCGCGUUUUGAACAGGGCGUCAGUCGGGGUGAUCCCUCGACACCGACAUACAUCAUUCGCUUGCUCGGGCACGAGAAGGCAGGCGAGGAGGUGGUACUGAGUAUGUUUCUCAGUCCGGUUGGUGAUGUCUCAUCGGAAAGAGCGGCAGUAUGGGAACAACUUCGGACGCGCUUUGCCUCGGCCGAUGGUACAGCAGCAGCUAAUACGUGCGUCUUUUAG